GGUUUCGACUGCCGUUCUUUUAUGGUGCUAUUAAUAUUCUGCUCUCUGUUCUUUUGUGGCUAUGUAUUCUGAUUGGUCUGCUGAUUUCAAGCAAAUUUGCGAUCGUGUGGCUCAACAAGAAAGCUAUCUGAAACUUCUGCCUCCUAAGGAUGCUAACGAAAUUACCAGAAAAGUGAUAUUCAGUAUCAAGUGUGAUUGUACGUGCUCUGUUUUGGAGAACGAUGACGAACAACCAAAUACUGCGAUAGACUUGGAGCGCAUUUCUGCCCAAUCCGAUUCUACCACAUCUUGGGCGCUCUCUCUUUUACGGGACGUCCGCGAUUCUGUCCAGCUCGAUACUCACGAUGAAGUAUUAUGGGCCAUUCCGAUAAUCACUUACGGUCUGACUGUGCCCAUUGAGCAUCAGGAUAUCAUCAAGCAUUGUGCUCACAUCUACUGCUUUUGGUUACGCAACCUCAUACCAGAAUCGCGCGGUGGAACUUCGGGGACUUUGACCGGCGGAUUUUACCCACGCACCUUACGGCGGGAUCCGAUGUCCUAUUUGGACCGCCUGUUAUUUUCCCUCUGCUAUUUCUUCCUGCCCCACAGCCCGGAGCCGUUGGCAAACCAUCACAAGUGGUUCAUCCACAGUCUCGGUCAGUCGCUGCCUGAGUCUCAAAAAACCCACUUUACGGAACCUGUGGGCCAGUCUGAGAUACAAAGUAACACGGACCAUGGAAUCCCAUCCAGUUGGUUUCUCACUCACCUGGAGGUGACGCGUCUCAUCGUUCAGACUAUUCACAUUAUUUUAUCCAGCGCAACUAAGCUUCCUCCGACGGUAUGGGACUCUUUGCUUCAAUUCUGCCUGCAUAUUUCUCAUUCUACGCUAUCCCCGCCACUUCCAGUUCCUUCUUGGCGUACACGUCAGAACUACAUCGCAGUUACGCAUGUUUCUUCCACCACUGCUUCAGCCGGCCAACUUGAACUAGGUGGGAGUGUCACCGGCGCAGAUACUCAAAUGGACGUUUUGUCUGUUGCAGAGUCAGCGGCGGACUGCGUGGCUGAGCUACUCGCUGCCGCUUGGAUUCAAGCUUGUGCACACUGCUUCCCUCGCCCCCAGAUGUGGAUUGCCCUGAAGGAAUGCGCAAAAGUUUGGCGUCACCAUGCAGCAUUUGUUUCCCACUGGUCUCGGGUUGUGUCUGUCCUCACAGGCCGAUUACUGCUGGAUUUACACUGUCCUAGCAUGAUGGCCACAGAUACUGAAACCCCUUCCCUUUCUGCGGAUUUCUUCCUAACCCACACUCUUCCGCGAGAGAUGUCAGCUGAAAGCGUACGUGAGGCAUGGUACCGUUUCUUGUACCUAAUUGGCAAUCCUGUGGACUUCUGCGACCCGCAGACAUUGGUCACCCCAAUUUUUGAGAGAUGCCGAAAAACCGCUUGGGCUGAUCGGGUGUCGAUGGCACCGAUUUACAUGCCCUAUGUCUACCAUAUUGCUCUCCGUGGUCUAUCCGCUGUGGUAGAUGGUUUCCUCGGCAUGCAACCAAGCUUUGCGAUUGGAAUUGAUGCGCCUUUUGGUGUCCCACUAGACUUAUACCGAUCUGCAAAUUCGGCGUCACCGCUAGUUGGUGGCACCCAGGGACUUCCGGCCGAAGUAGAUACCGAUGUCAAGAAAUCUGUCUACACUGGAAUUCCCUCCUCCCUUAUGCACAGCUAUCGUGUUGGAAGUACAUCCGGAUUACCGAUUGACAAGGGCUCCCGUAAAGGCAAACCGUAUAGCACGGUGACAAAUGCUGCGUUAUCGCUUUCCUCCAGCGGGUCAACUAAUCGGCACUCCAAUCCCACCGGGGUACAGACAGAUAUCCUCACUCCUUCCUUAAUCGUUGGCCCACCUACGCUGCUCACUAUCGUGACAGGCGGGAACCAACUUUUGAGCUCCGGUCUUGUUGCAUCCUCUCCCACUUUUCCAUCGAAGCAUCAGCAAUCCUUUGGUGCCCCUCAGAAAACGGUUGUCCCUCCCACUCAUCAAAGCUCUAGCACGCCAGAGGUCGGCACUCAAUACCAAUCUUUCGGCCUCCCGCAUCUUCGCAAUUUAGCGACCAGAUGGUUGGGCCCUGAAUCUAGCCGAUGCGUCUCUUAUUCGCGUCCAGACGCGAAUUCAUUGCUCCGGCUUCUUGGUCCAUGGCUAUUUGAAGCUGCAAUAUUCGGCUCCGAAAAAGAUUUUCAUCUUACUGUUAUCUCUUCUCGAGUGGAAAAAUUCCCAUCUUUCAAUUUUCAAGUUGGCCGGGCGGAAGCGUUAGGAGCGCUCUGCCGGAUCAUAAUCUACGCGCGUCGGUGCGAGCUAGAUAAAGCCUAUCUUACGCGGUUCUACCUCUGUCUGUAUUACGGCUUAGAAACCGGAGCCGGACGCAGCGACUUUGUGCUCUCCACGUUGCUGUUCAAUGCUAUCGAUUUGUUGCGCGCUGAUUUACCAGGGAUCAACAUUCUGCUUCCCCGCAUCUUUGCUGCCUGUUCACUUGUUUACAGCGAAGAAUGCAUCAUAAUUCCGGAAUAUUUAUCCACCACUUUGUUGCGACGUGCCGUUUUGCACCAACUCAUGGCUAUGGUUUGCAUUCCAAUUCAAUUUAAAGAAGAAACGCUCAAGUGUUUGGUCCCCAUUUCAAACAAUAAUAAAGACCCCGUCUCUCUCAUGGAUCUGCGAAUACAGCUGUGUUAUUUUGUGUGUGACGUGCUUAAGCGGGAAACAGAUCACAUCAAUUUUCAAAUGCUCCUAAGUGUAAGCCUCGCCUUGCUGGAAGACACCGCUGCCGACGAAGCGGAACAUCCCAAACGUCAUUUGUCCCUAAGGUCCGGUGAGGAUCGUGUUGACCGUAAAGGUUUACAUACCGCAUCAAGCUUUUUCAACACUCUGGUGCCUUGCUUGUACUCACUUCUGUUCAGUGAAUGGGGCUCUGACUCUGUGAUUCAGCAUCUCCUUGAAGUGCUCAACGCCAUCGCAUUUGUCCGCAUAUCUCCACCGGAUCCAAUGGUUUACCGCGAAACGGUGAGACACAUCUGCGAAUUCAUCUCCAAACAGUGUCAAGUGCAAUCAAAAUAUCACAAGCGCCAGUUACAUAGCAUCAUUGUUGCUGCGUACGCCUGCCUGUCCACUUGGCUCGUAAGACAUGCACGACUUAUUUUGCCGGAUCGCGAUUGUCUUCAGCUUGCUUUGAGUACCAUCGAGUUAGGGAUAAGUGGCCGCAAGUCCAAGAUACCAUCACAACAACCUAUACCAAAGUCGGAAAAACAGCUCACACCGGCGUCAAAGCGUGUCCAAGACGCCGCUGAGUCAUGUCUCUUCACACUAAUAUCUCUCGCGGGUACUUUUCCUGGUCCUACUGGGUCGGCCACAACUUCAACGCUUUUAGUCGAGGAUGAUUUCAUUCGACUUCUCUUGAAAGACAUAACUGAUCCUUCAUCGGAGUUAAUCGAGCAACUGCGAAUGCAAUUUCGGUAUUAUUGGUCCGAACCUGGUGUAAUUCUCGGUGUGUUAGAGUUGGCACAAUGCAAGGAAAUUCUCGCGUCUCAUGGUUGUCAUGGUAAUCCGUCCAGCGAUCAUCCUUCGGCGGAGACAGUUAUGGUAAUCCGUAGCGCUUUUGGACGCUAUUUUUGGGCAGCUUCGAUGCGUCGCUCACCACUUGGUAAUACACAGACCACGAACACGAAGUGCGACGCACAUCUACCCAGACCGAAACCUUGGGGUUGCUUUCUGGAGAAGCUCAUCGCGACAAUUUCUCGAAAUGAGAACUCCAUAAUCCCCAGCUUUCCUGAGAGCAUCAAAGAUAUUCCAUUGGUUGACGCUGAUUUCUCCAUCGGUACGUUAGAACAUUUCGGUGGCAUGCCUGGUAGCCACUCACGAGAACAAGUUGAUCGUUUGAAAUCCAUCAUUUCAGAGCAACACAUGCAUGUGAAAGAAAUUGCUCAUGCACACCUCAAAAAGCGUUUAGCCUCCUCUUAUCCUGAUCCAACGACUGAAGCCUUACCCCCACGCAUGAAAACCUCAAUCGAACCUUCUCGUCUGUUGCUUACUCAUCUGGGCUACCUGUCUAUCAAUACAUUCUUCAUGAUAGAGCCUGAGUUGCAUUGGGGAUUAGACUUAGAGAAGCAUAGCGUCUCUCUGGCUUCGGGCAAUUUCGCAACCACUAUGCCGUCUUCGGUGACGCAAAAUCCACCGCUGCAACAGUGUCCCGGGUUUCUGCCCUUGGAUCCACGUACCCCUGGUUUUUUGAAGCAUAUCCGAGCGCUGGAUCAACUACCUUGUCGCACAACCGACACUUUGUUGGUUUUUUAUGUAGCGGCUGGACAGACAAAACCGGAGGAAAUAUUAUCAAGCAUGGGAAAGUGGGACCGACUACCAGCAGAGUUUCGGUUGCUCCUAAAGAAUAUCGGUUCUACCGUUUCAUUAGCAGAUCAUCCUGGCUGGACCGGUCGGAUAGAAACCAGCUAUCGUGCAGUAUGCGCACGUUUGGAUUCUGAUGAAACCAAAGUUGCAGAGACCGAUACCGUUCCUGAUGGGCUCAGUUUUAUCAUCUACACAUCGGAUGCAUUGACCGAACUCGCUUGCAUAUGUCCAACGGAUUUGAGUAUGUCGUCAGUUCCUAAGUCAGCAGACAAUGCUGGUGGUCCCUCUGACGGAUCUUACUCGUCCAGCAGUGUUCCGGGUUCCGUGUUUCAACGUAAUGUACAUCAACAGACAACGAGCAGUGUUGGUGAUCCAGGAGCGGACCCCACAGGCGGUCGUGUAGCACUGGUUUGGCUCGAACGUUGGGACGACUGUCCGGUUGACCAUGGCCCUGAUUGCCCCGGUUGGACAGUACACAAUAUGACAACACAGCUGUUCAACUGUCCUGUUACGAUUUACAUUCAUCAACUGAGUUCCAAACUUUAUCGCAUUGGUAUGCUACGAGCUCCUGGUCGAGUGUUUGAUGCUGGCCCACUGCAAACUGGACUUGUGCUGAGUGCGCGUUCUUUAGGCAGCUUUGUACGCCAGACCGUGUCUAACCUUGCUCAGCGAAGGCGUUUGGCUUCUGAUCAGUUUCAACCGCCUCAUGUCAAACGAAAGCAUCGAAUAUCAGAAUUAGAACAAAUAUGCCGGCAAUGGUAUUCCUCUAAGCAAGAAGAGCGAACUGCGCCCACCGGGGUUCGACCGGAUGUGCUGAUACAGCUUCUCACUCCAGCCGUAUGA